AUGACUAUAGACGAGUUUUUAUCUACCGGCCAGCCCAGUGAUUUGGUUCGAAUUGUGUCGGCGAUCCUUUUGACAAUUGUCAGUGUGUUUGGUUCCGUGUUCAAUACACUAGUUUUUGUUUCUCUCCUACUGCGAGUCAAAAAGAAAGAUGGCUUUCUGAAAAUCUGCUGCACAAAAAGUUUCGGUAAUGAUAUAGUGUGUAUUGGAUAUCUUUUCUGGCCAAUCCCAGUCACUUUUCUAAACGACUAUUUCAUGCCUCACAUGUUCAAUGCAUUCAUGGGUCAACUUGUUGGUUGGUUUGGUUGGAGUAUAGGUCCAUUAUCACAAGUUCUUCUGACGAGUAAUCGAGUUUUGGCUGUUUUCUUUCCACAUCUCUAUCACAGAACAUAUAGGUUUGCACCGAGCAAUGUAGGAAUAGUAAUUUGCCUCGUGCUAUCAUUUCUUCUUUUUAUUGCAUUUUUUCCUGAAGACUGUCACUACUUGUACAGUCUAAAAGAUAUCGGAUGGCUACCUGAAGAGAGUUUCUGUACUUCAGUCCGUCGUUCAAUAUUUAUAGUGUCAAUGAUUAUAAUAGUUAUUAUUACUAGUAUCUGUGGUUUCCUUCUGUUUUUUCGAUUGAUUGCCGACUCGAACACAAUGUCCACUAUUCAAUCGACGUCUAGAAAAUCAAAAAACAAGAAGAUUCUAUUCCAAACUCUUACGCAAAACUUCUUGAUCCUACUCGACACUCUUAAUACUACAAUGACUUAUAAACUAUUUCCGGUCCUAUUUUUUCAAUUUCUAACUUUAUCAUUUUCUAUGGUUUUUCUUAGAGCUUUCGAAGGAUUUAUAAUGUACGCAAUGAAUGAGCGAAUCAACAAAGGUGUUCGUGCACUACUCGGUUAUAAAACGACGGACCAACUGAAAACUUUACAAGGAGCUCCUUCGAUGAUGAUAUGGAAUGUAUCGAGCACUUCAAGACAUAUGAACUGA